ACGCAUAGAGAGAGAGACUGUGUCCGUGUGCGUGCGCGUGUUGGGUUGUGUUUGCUUGGCUUGACUUGAUCGCGACAUGUCGGAGAUAGCCCAAGAAGCGUGGAGGAAGUACCUGAUACAGCUCCAAGCUCACCCUCUCCGCACCAAGGCGAUCACAGCCGGAGUUUUGGCUGGCUGUAGCGAUACGAUCGCGCAGAAGAUUUCCGGGAUCAAGAGACUUCAGCUCAGGAGAUUGCUUCUUAUCGUGCUUUAUGGUUUUGCGUAUGGAGGGCCGUUUGGGCAUUUUCUCCAUAAAUUGAUGGACAUCAUCUUCAAGGGGAAGAAAGGCAACAGAACCGUCGCCAUGAAAGUGUUGUUGGAGCAAUUAACAACUUCUCCAUGGAAUAACAUGUUCUUCAUGAUGUACUAUGGCUUGGUGGUCGAAGGAAGAUCGUGGAGUUUAGUCAAGAACAAAGUCCGAAAGGACUAUCCUUCGGUGCAACUGACUGCAUGGAAGUUUUGGCCCAUAGUGGGGUAUGUGAAUUACCAGUACAUGCCUCUGCAGUUUCGCGUUUUGUUCCACAGCUUUGUUGCCUCAUGCUGGGGAAUCUUUCUCAAUCUCAAGGCAAGAUCAGUUGCCAUCAAGAAGGCUUAGGGUAGGGUGACACCUCUCUCUCUCUCUCUCUCUCUCUCUCUCUCUCUCUCUGCGUGUUUAGGGGUGUUUAGGGAGCACACAUGCUCCAUUGCUAUACUUGUUUGCUAAGAUGAGUGAUGGUAAUGACCAUUUUCAUGGUAACAAAACAAGAAGGCAUGUUGGUGAAAUGCCGGCCUACCCGGUGUUAUCAUACUAUUUGUGGAGUUCCCUUUUCACUUUACCGCUCACUCGAAUAGUUGUAUUGCUGGGAUCAAUAAUUACAAACUUCUUCUCCCUUGUUUCGCGUUUGAUGUUUGAGUGUUGAGGUGAUGUAAGUAUUCAUUCUGGUUGCGACUCCCGAAUUAUUUCCCAAUGACAUUCGAGCCAUUCUGUUUGAU